GAAGAGAAGAUGAACAAUUCCCCGGAUUAUCUAGCCUACCCUGUGAUCGUCUCUAAUCAUAGACAGAGCACAUCAUUCAGGAGGAAACUGGACUUUGGCCACUACGUAUUUCAUCAGAAUAGACUACAAAUAGUGAAGCCUACUGUUGAUACCAAGCUUCCAGUGGUGCACACACAUCACAUUUUAAAACUGAGCAAACUACAGGGUGAACAAAAGAAAUUCGACAAAAUCGAAUAUGAAAACAAGCAACUGUGUCAGAAGAUUGCCAACGCCCACCGCGGCCCAGCCAAGGUGGAUUGCUGGAACGAAUAUUUCUCUAAGAGCUUAAACAGAGAAACAAGGAACCGGGAGCUAGUGAGAAUCACCAUGGAAAACCAGGGCAUCCUGAAGAGGCUUGGUGAUCGCAAACCCCACUAUGACCGCAGGUCGUUGGAGUUAGACUGGCAGGCACGUGGGUACUCUGAUAUUCGUACGCACGCACACAGUUUGCGUUCAGAGUAGAGCCAAUCUCAGGAGAGACCCCUAAGCGGCUGAGGGUGAAAUCAUGAGAAAUGCAACAAUCGUUGAAAGAAAAACUACCCAGAGCCUACAAAGCUAACAACAGGAGCAAACCAUCCAGCAGCUUGGUAGCAAAGCCAUCAUGUGUCAGCUUGAGAGAAUAUCUGGUAGCAUCUUCCCUCAUCCCUUAAUUCAUUCAGGCUGAAUGGACAAGCAAAGGGGAUGAGGGUAUACAAUUCAGUAUGUGGUUGACUUGCUUCUUUUAGGAAUGGCUCUUCAAGAAGGAAAACAAAAAGCCAUCCGCAGUGCUUUUAUAAACUUCCACUCCCUGUCUUUGGUCUGAAAGCCUUUUCUAAGCCACCCGUAGGAUCUAGAACUUCAGCUUUCGCAUCAGCACCCUGGCAUUGACAUAAAUCUUUCUGAUUCUU